CGCGCCGGAAGUGUCAAAAGGGGGAGUCGUAACCCUCUGGCUCCAGAAGCCGCGGCACCGCCUUCUCAAAGGCGAUUGGACGUGGAGCCCCGCUGUGUUGCCGUGGCAACACUGAGGACGCAGCUGGAGAAAGCGGAGCUGAGGGAAGGACUGCGCGCCUUGAAUGCGAGUUGAAGACGAUAGCCAUGGAGACUUCGCAGCCGUCCUUGCUCGCCCUGGCAGAGCUCCUCUCCGGCCCCCGCAGUGAGGAGGACGACGACGAGCUGGGGCAGGUCCCGACUUCGGCUGCGAGCAGACUAGGGCCGGGGCACAUUGAGGCUCCGAAGACCGCGAAGCCCUCAGCCAUCACUCAUGUGAAAUCUGGGAACAGCAAAGAGAUCUGGAGUGCAGAAGAGGUGCCGGAGGGAUCAGAGUAUGAUGAUUCAUGGGACUCCAGAGAGCAACCUGAAUAUGAAAUUUUGUUCAAGCAGCAGGUGGGGACUGAGGACCUGUUCCUGGGGAUGAACCGAAAGGACCCUUCCACAGCUUGCUGUGAGGACAUGCUGAUUAAAAUCCAGCUGCCAGAUACGAAGGCUUCAGACAUCACUCUUGAUAUCAAAGAAAAAGUUCUUGAUCUUCGGAGUCCCCAGAAGAAGCUCUUCUUGCACCUACCGCACCCUGUGGACCCCAAUAGUGGAAAGGCCUGCUUCCUUCCUGAAAAGAGCACUCUGGAAGUCACCUUGCACAUGAAGCGAGAAUUUGAUUUCAUCAACUUUGCUUGAAGAGAAUGGGCAAAAUCUCCAUAAAAGGGGUAUUGAUUGAGAGACUGUAAAAGCCUGAUUGCCUUACUGAAGAAUCUAAAUCAAACAGGAAGGGAGAAAUCUUUUCCCUUCCAAUUCUGAAUAUGCUAUUGCUGUGCACAGUGGAUCAUCCUGCCUUAUUCUAGGAGACAAGCAGAAGUCUGGCUCCCUCUCCUGUGAACUGCCUGGCCUGUGGACUUCAAAUCCUGCUGUGAGCUUGGCGUUAUCUUUCACAGAGUAUAGCGGCUUUCAGUGAGGCUUUAUACUUGUAUUUUCACUGGGAGGGGGCAGGUGGAAGCAUGGCUUGUGCCACUAGGCAGGAUGGGAGAUCAGUUGGAUGCAGUCCCCAGACCCGAUCUGUGUAGUUGGAGAACAAGUGAGUUUUCAUAGUUCUUAUUAUCUGGUGCCUAUUUUAUGGAUAAUUAAACUGUUUUUCACACUU